AUCGAUCAUCGUCGUCGUCAACUUUGAAUUUGAUAUAUCUGCGACUAGCUGCUGCAUGGCUAAGCCUGGAAUUGCAAAAACAAACAAGCUAAUUCUUAGGGAAGCUAGGCGCAUUCAACACCAUGCCACUAUUCUUCUAACAAUAGGACGGCAUUAUUAUCAUCAUCGUCUUCCAGCAGAAGAAUCAAGAAACUCUAUAGAUGAAGCAAAAACAAAGGAUCAAUCGUGUUGGAUACCUCAUCCUCGGACUGGAAUAUACAUGCCAAAAGGCCAUGAAAGGGUGAUGGAAGACGUACCAGAAGGUGCAGCUUUGUUUGAUCAGACUUCUUGGCUCAGGAAUGUUGAUGGUGUUGAUAGGCAUCACCCUGAUGUUCCUACAGAUUAUUACUUGCCUAAACAUUACAAUUAAUUAUAUAUUAACUUAAUUACUGCCCUUAAUCACUCCUUACCUUAUCCAUUAGCGAGAAUGUUGGCAGAACGAGAUACAACUUGUCUAGAAAAUAUAAUUACAUAUAUAUAUGAAUUUCUAUAUGUAUAAGAAUAUAUUUCUACCCUAUAUUAAGGUAUUGCUAGCAAUGUUGUCUGCCUGCUUCAUAAUCUCUUUAAUUAGAUUAAAAAAG